AUGAAGGAAUCGCCACAAGAAACAAACAAAGAGGUCUGCGAAGCUGGCCCACAACAAAUGAAGAGCAAGAACUUUGAGGUCACUCAGGAGGCAUCACUGACCGCUGGGACACUCGAGUCUGAUUCCCUUUGCGCAAUUCACGAAGAACCAUCAUCAGACAUCCAAGUAAAUCCGGUGAGUGUUUCUGUAGGUUUUUUUCAGAAAAUACGUCCGACCUGGUUCUGUUCUUUGGCGGCAACUGAAUUCGCAGGCAGUGCCGCUUUCGUUGUAAGUGACUACUAAUAUGACUAGUAAUUCGCAAGCUUCCUAUUAAACAAUUUACUAGAGAAAACAGUAAACCCAACGUAGCAUUCCUUGAUUGCACCAUAUUGCUUGAGCGACUGACCUGCCAUAACAAUGGUAUAUCACGCGCAAAACACUUGACAAUCUUUCUGCAUGAAAACACAGGCCAGCUGCUGAAGUUGGGGUGAAAGGUCUGCACAAUCUGAAACAACAGAUUUGCUUUGAAAAGUGAUCUUUAGCUAAGACCUACAAUGUAGACGCGAGGUAUUGUUUGAGGCCUUACAAGACUGGAACGGUUAAAUCAAACUAACAGCUCGCGAACUACCUCCGAAAAUAUGCCGACCUGUCUCUAUGACCUACUCAAAAGAAAUUAUGUAUGAUUGGGUCCUCGCAUAUUGUUGUCCUUCUGCGUUAAGAGAUAGACAAUAGGUGCAUAGAUACCUAUUUAUAAAACCAUUUAUAAAAUAUAUAGUUUACUUCGUCCCGAUAUUUAAAUAUUUUCAAGAAUCUUCAGGUAUUUUCUGCGCAGAAAUCUACAACCGACUUGCCGACCAAUAAGGGGGCAUAGUUAAUAUCAGUAAUACAGCACUAGAAACAGCGUUAUUAACCUAUGCUAACUAAUUAUGACCUCAGAUAGCUACUUAACCAUGAGGGACACGACUGCCAGCCGUGUGAAUAGUCAAAAUUCCCUUGAGCGUCUCGGGAAAUAAGUCCAGAUUCUAGUAUGAAUAGUAUUCUGCUAGGGUCCCGGUGGCAUGCCUUUUUGUGUGUAAACGGUAGAUAAAGCUAAAGUAUAAUGCAUCACACAACUAUUGUAAUUUUUCUUGUCUGAGGACCCCAAACAACUUUAAAUAAUUGAACUAUGAACUAUUGAACUUAGAAGUGUUUAAAAUAGCUCAGUUUCAUUUCAUUUGGAUAUCUCGAUAGCAAUUUAAAUUAGUGCAAAAGGAAGUUCGUAGGUAAUUUAUACCUUACUGUCAAGUACCCAUGGGAAAUGUUUAUGACACUUUGCUCAAUGACAUCGACUUAUGGAAAGAAAUCCAAAUAGGGGGUUUCUGUGACUGGGAUUUAUAACAGCCCUGAAAAUGUAAAUGUUUGUUUACAGAAACCUACGAAUAUAGCCCGUCUUGAGCCAGUCUCUCCACUUGAUGAAAUACGAAAGCUGAAGCAGGACUUUCAAAAUAUCAAGAACGUCACAAGCGUCCUUCAAAAUUUACUUUCAAGCAUUGCGGACAAAGAUGCAGAUUCUAGAACGGCGGAGGAUAUUAAAAAAAUUCAUGUGAGUUGAUAACUAAGAAUAUGAAUAUAAAACCCCAUUUUUUACCUCCUAAACUCCCAUCGAGGCUACGACGCGUCGUUUUAACCUAUGCUGCUGCACGUCAGAUUGCCUAAAUGAUCCAGCUGCCGGCGCGGUUGUCCACCUUUAGUGAUGCCAUGUUGGUAGCUGGAGCACAGAUUUUCCUAUUGCAGAAACUUUUUGUCGAUCUCUCCAAGUAUCGCAGUGGUAGUUAAUUACGCAGUGUAAUCCUUCUCGUGGACCUUUAAUGGGAAUUCAGUCACUUAUGAUAUUGUAAGUAAGCGAUGCUUAUCUUUUAUAAUCAAGGAUGAAACAGUGAUGGUUGCAAAAAGACUAUCAUGUGGUAGUAGCUCAAUAAACUUUCAUGCUCUAACACGAAAUCAGACGGCUUCCACGGCAUUAGGAAGCAAUUGUAACCAGAAUAUUAGGUCGUGACCAAACCCAGGUGCGGAUAACCCACAAUUCGAAAAUGGGCUCCUUAAUCGCUGAGCGUUAAUUUGGAACACCUCGUAGUUCUUCAAUAUCAGUCAAUCAGAUGCUGUGCCCAGUUCUUGGUGGCUUGAAAUGCGAAAUGGUCUUUUUGAUCCCUAAGCAAUGAGGUACUUGGGUAGGGAUGGGGCAUUAGAAAUCCCGCCCAGAAAAAAAGUCUGAUAAAAGACAACCCUUUUAUAGGUGCGGUGGAGAGAGUUUCCGGAGUGAGCGGAUGGAAACUCCUUAAACCAAAUCUGAAUGAAAAAAGUACUGAGAACGUGUAUGGUCGCGCAAAACUUGUGAAGCGAAGAAAGCCCAUAACAUCAAAACUGCGCAAAGCAAAGUCGCCAAAAUCAAAAAGAUAAGGAAAAUUCUGGCCAUAAUCUAGUAUAGAAACGAAAUACUGAAAAUUGCCAGUUUUAAUAAUCCCUGGAAACAGUCUCUACAACUAACAAGAGGAUUAAUGUUUAGAAAAGAGAGAUGUUCGCUAUAACAACAAAUAAUUGCCGUCUGCGACUAAUGCCACGUAUGGAAAAAAGAUAUCUGGUCACAGAACACAAAUUGUAAAAGAGGGUUCAUGUACUUCGCUCUUACUGUCUUCAAGCCGAUUAUACUGGCACAACUCGAUAUCCCUAAAUUCAUUUUUGCCAACGGAAACCCCGGAACUUCUGCUGAGCAAUACCUGCAAAACGCGAGAACAAAACCAAAGCUGGGGUACGUGAAUUCCGUGCACUAUAUUGUUGGCAUAUCCGCAGACCUCUUAAAAGGAGUGAGUAGGAUGAUGGACGGAAAAACGCAGACCAGAAACUACAAUGUGUAUGUGUUUUAUUUGGCUUAUCACAUGGAAUAUUGAUCCACAUUUAGAAAUGUGUUUUCAGUUAGAACAGAUUGCUUAGAUGGUUUUGCAACUGAUCAGGAUGCAAAAUAAUCUGGCGAUACUUCAAGCACAACAGGAUAUCGACAUUUUAAUGAGCUUCUUUCCAGCCGCCUGCACGUACGCACUUGGCAAAAAUUCCCACUUAAGUAGUGCAAACUGUCUCCCUUCAUCAUCUAUGCAUUUGCAUAUUCAAGUAUCGUUUAAAGAAAGCAUACACAAAGAUAUUCUUGUUCGUACUUACCUAAUAGAAUACUACGUUUUUUUAAAUUCUAUACCCACAGAAAUGGUAUAUUUCAGUGGUAUAAAAUUUUGAAAUUAUGAAAUACCUAGGAGCAUGAAAUGUCCAUUCAUACAGCAUGAUAGCUGCCCGUUUAUUAACAGUGUUUUUAAAAUGUACAACAUGGUCCAGAUCCAUUGCGAAAUUUUAUGAGCCCUAUGCGACGUCUUCCUAAUAACGCAUAGAUACGUUUAAGUUUGCCUACACGGUGCAUAUGCCUCAAGGAGAUCGAAAACCCUAAGCACAAGUGCAACUGCUGAGAGUAAAAUCAUUCGGAAACACAAACAAUGAUUAUGAAAUCAAAAGAUACGCCUUCUUCAAGUAGAAAAUCAAAUAGGACGUAAUUUGCUACAAUAUGAGAACAAAAAUAUCUGCAUACAUGCCUUCCAUAGAAGACAUUCGAAUACAUUGAAACAUAUAAAAUCCAAUUGGAACUGCGUCUGACGACGACCUUAGGAACCAGCGUCGAAAGUUCACGCAAUAAAGUACCUAUCCCAAAGAACGCCUCUCCCUUCAACAUAUAUAUAUUGAAAAUAAGUAAGAUUCUUUGGAAAGGGAAUAAACUUUAAUGAGUAAAUUUUCGAGUCUGGUUCCCCAACUCGUCGUCAGACUUUUGGGCUAUGUACAAAAACAGGUAACUAUUUAACCGUGUCAAACAAGUGAUUCUAUGGUUGGCCGAAGCCUGCGCCAAUGCGCGUCAAUGAUUUUCGUCAUCCCCUCGGCAUUGGCUGCGCCCGCUUCCAUUUGUCCUUGAGGAAUGUGUAGGUGGCAUCUAAAUCGAUAUGCCGAUUGAUGCAUGCCUCAUCUGUGUGCAUUGCUUCAGGAACUCACGGCCUUUUCUUAUUGGGCAGGCGCCAACAAUGCGGGUGUUCUCCCAUGCAAAUUUGUGUCCAUUGUCCAGUGUGUGCAUAGCCACCUGGGAUAAAUGAUCUCGUCUCCUCACCGCUAACUGAUGCUCAUGUAUGCGGGUAGAGGCAGAUUUCCCAGUUUGGCCACAAUACACGGCGCCUGUCCAAUAAGGAAAGGCCGCGAGUUCCUGGAAGCAAUGCACACAGAUGAGGCAUGCAUCAAUCGGCAUAUCGAUUUAGAUGCCACCUACACAUUCCUCAAGGACAAAUGGAAGCGGGCGCAGCCAAUGCCGAGGGGAUGACGAAAAUCGUCGACGCGCAUUGGCGCAGGCUUCGGCCAACCAUGGAAUCACUUGUUUGACACGGUUAAAUAGUUACCUGUUUUUGUACAUAGCCCAAAAGUCUGACGACGAGUUGGGGAACCAGACUCGAAAAUUUACUCAUUAAAGUUUAUUCCCUUUCCAAAGAAUCUUACUUAUUUUUAAUUAAAUUUCUUGCGAUGCCCGUUUUCCAGCAUAUAUAUAUAUAUAUAUAUGAAUAACGAAGGUAGUAUGCAUUCCGAGGCGAUAUAAUAAAAGGAGAAUGCUCGUCGGAAAAUAGAGGUAUACUCGUGAAUUUUCAAGUCGGUUACACCAACCCAUCGUCAGACAAAAUGGAAAGUGUGAGGCAGAUAAUCGCACUGGGGAGUUAGGGGACAUCGAGAUUAAAUCGGCAAGACAGGCGUUUAUGUGUGAGGGUGAAGAAUGUGCUUGGAUAGGUGGCGAACGUUAGGGGAGGUGGUGAGGGUUUCGCACAUGGUUCACUCUGUGGGGGAGGUGCUGAAUCCGUGAUAUUGCACAUCGCCGAACAUGGAUUAGCAGUUGGUGUCUUAGGGUGGGCGCAAGCCCGCGAACCGUGAACGUAAGCCUUCGUAGUGAGCGUGCAAGUCGACAUGGCGGUUGAUGCUAUUGUUAUUAGAGCGCCAAGCUUCUAGAAACUCUCGCGCUUGUUUGGUAUUGGCACUAGAGAUCACUUCCGUCCCCUCCCAGUUGAAGUGUGAUCACCGAGUAUACGAGCAAUAGAAGGGAACGCCAAUGGGCUCACCUCUGUCUGGGCUAAUUGCCAAAGCGGUUUUGCAGAUGUUGGAGCGACUGGUAUUCAGCUCGUUCCCUCGAAGUUCUGGGCCAGAUAUGUUGACGACAAAUUUGUCAUAAUAAAAAGGAGCGACGAGCCAGAUCUCAAGGCACUUUUGAAUUCCCGACAUACAGUUAACCAUGGAAGAAUAGGUGACAAUCGAUUGCCCCUCCCUAGACGUACAAGUCGCAAAACUGUCAGACGGGAAUAUAAAGAAGACAGUUUAUCGUAGGGCGACUAACACUAGGCGCAUCCUCCCCUUCAGAAGCAACCAGCCCGUGGAUCACAAGCGCAGUUGUGUCAGGACGCUCUUCCAACGCGCCCAAACACACUGCAGCGACGACGAUGACAAGAUGAAGGAGGUGAAAUACUUACAUGCCCUAUUUGAAGCCAACUGUUAACCGAAGUCGUUCAUACGCAAGUGUUUCACGAGGCUCCAUUCUGGGCGGUCGAGCGAGGAGAAACCAAACUUCUAGCUCACGAUCCCCUAUGUUAAAAACGCUUCAGAUGGAAAUUCGAGAAUUCUGAAACCUUUUAAAAUUGGAGUGGCCAUUAAAUCAGAAUCACCAAUCAGACAGCAGAUCAUGAGGCCCAAAGACCCGCUGCCGGUGCCAGAACAAUCAGCGGUGGUCUACAGCAUCCCAUGCCAAGAUUGUGAUGCAAGGCAUGUUGGCGAAAACGCCUCGGCACACGAUUGCACGAGCACCAACUUGCAAGCAACCGCGAGGAUAAGCUAUCGUUAGUGUAUGGCCACACACUAGAGCGGAACCACAGUUGGUCCUCGACUGGCACGCUCAACCGAGCCAUAGACCUGCAUCCCGCCUACCAGGCGCUCCGCGCAAGGCUCCAGUCAGUUCACGCAGAGCCAAUAGCACGGAUGAAAACAGUCACACGGGGUCGACUGCCGACGCUUGUGGAGAGAGGGGAAGGCGCUGACAGAAUGUCACGUGACCGGCUUGGCACACUGCCUCACGGACGUACUAGCGAGGCCAAAAACACCACGCCUGAGGAACAACGAUCGAUCAGCCCGACGUCUGACGAGCGGGUGGCCAACGAGCACGCCGACGCAGCGGCAACCACGUCAGGCAUGAUGGGGACACAAGGCACGCCAGUCCGACAAUGGCUGGGAUCAGAGAGGCCACAAUCAGCCAACAGAAAACGGGCUAGGCAACGUACGUGCGCUGGGCACGGUUAUAAUACGAGGCAGGCGGCAAGGCUGAACAAAUCAAGGCCAGCAGGAAACGCCAGCUUACGACUCUGAUGAUGAAACGAGAGUUUCCGAAACGUCAGUUUAAAUCCAAUCUAGCCCAUAAAAUCGCUUUCUCUUCUUCGUUUUCCCCGGGGGAUGAUAAACACGAUACAUAUAUAUAUAUAUAUAUGUUCACUCAUGAAUGGGCGCAUACCGAUCCACUGGCUUCUCAUAGUAAGCAAUCUUCGUAUGGGUGAAUAAAUACCUGAUCUGCUGCGACAAGGAAUGGCAGGUGGCGAUUCACCGAUUAACUUCGCUUCGAUGAAGUGCUUAUGACCCAUCUGGUAGGCCCAAGUGGUGGACCAUCUGCGCCAGGUGUGGGAGCGCCUGUUUGUGUUUCCGGUCACAGCUGUUGGUCAGGGUCUGAAUGGUAUUACUGACAAAGACAAGAAACACUGGUAUGGACAUUUCUGGCUUAUUAGCCGUCGGCAGUCAGUCAUACCCAACCCCGAAGUGUUGAGCACCUAGGGCUCGAUACCCCGACCUGUUGGUUAGGAGUUCAGUGCCUCUAACUACCGAGACGCGGGUUCUUGGUCCUGUUGGUUGCGAUCGGGAAUAUAUUAUAAUAGAGGGGCGCUCACCGAUCGUUUUUACGGAACUCGCUCGUCCUGUUGCGCCUUAGGGCUCUCUCGAGCCAACUAGCAGCCGCACAGCGAUGCAUGAUAUAGGCAGAAUGGUAUUAACGACAAGGGACACUGGGAUGGCCGUUUCAGGCCUAUUAGCCGUCGUCGGCUAUUCAUGCCCAACCCCAAGUUUGGAAUACUUGGGGCUCGAUCCUGCGACCUGUAUUUAUUUACAUACAGCAUGCUGAUUGCGCAUUACCUGGCUGUUCCACAGUAGCAGACUGCCAUCAAAUCAUAUGUUCAUUGAAAUUGCGGGCCUAACCAUGAAACACGUGUUUCGGACACUUAACCCAUGUCCUGCCUUUAAUAUUUACUGGAAUUAUUAGCCUGAUUGUUCGCUGGUGCUCAUAUGCCCGAAACUGCACAGAGAACGCUGGCGGAGCCUUUGGGGAGCCGAACCCUCGUUGUUGCGUCAUGCAGCAGUAGAAACAACGGCGAAACACGUGUCGGGACUUUCAGCUAGUACUCAUGUCUGGAGUACGGUAUAACACCUUUGAUAUAUAAAAAUUAGCACUGUUCGUAGUAGUUUUCGUUUGUUGAGUGAGCAUUACGUGGUUACUCUGCAACAACUGAUCAUCAUCGAUUUAAAUGUUCAUUGAAACUUCGGGUCUAACCCUAAAACAUUGUGUUCCAGACACUUAACGCCAUGAUUUGCACUUAUUUUUUAAAAUUAUUAGCUUGAUAUAUGUAUGUAUGUAUAUAUGCAUGUAUGUCGAAGAACAAGCCUCAUAUUGAAUUACUCAUAAAUGGGCCAAUUUCUCUACGAACGAAAAUUUCCCAAGUCAUUUCUUAGUUGUUUAAAUAUAAGCCGUUAUUAAUGAAAAUAACCAAUUUUCUCGGGACCGUUUAAUUGCACUCGGAGUCAAAAACUGAGUAAGAAUAUACGAUCUCUCUGGCGAAAAUGCGCAAUAAUCUUAUGUAUUUUACUCAGUUUGUCUUUAGAAUUCACCUAUGAAACGUUUCGCAGAUUUGCGAGCUACACUCUGAUGAGAUAAACUGCAUGUACACUAGGUGGGCUAACUCAUCUAAUGUCAACCUAAAUUCCGAAAUGCAUUUUCGUCUCGAAAUGACUAAUUAAGUAGGGUUGUAAAACUAACCAUCAUGCAGCAUCAUUCUAUAAUAAAUCAGUUACCUCAGGAUGCCGGCUUUUGAAAAUAACUUCUUUGGGGUUCCAUACAAAACCUAUACUCUGUAAAAAAUGGCUACUUAAGUAACACGCAUUUUUUCCAUUGAUUUCCGAUGCCCUUAAAACUUCAAUUAUAUUUCAUGGAAUAAUUUUACGCCAUGGUUACUGUACACGAUCGGAAUGAACCUUGUCUGAGCUGAAAUUUCUUACUCAGACUGGGACCUCCAGAGAGGACACGAGUAUUUGCUGACUCAACAACUUGGAGCGAUCGGUCUGUGUCGUGGCGAAAAUCUGUGUAAUUGUUCAUGUUGUUACUGUCAACCAUGUUACCCAAAUAGAACAAACUAGUAGUGGAAGACACUAUCAAGUUACUGAAAUGACAGUUGGAUAAGCCGUUUUUCCUUUCCAUUCUUUGUUUCAGGAUCUAGCCGAAUCUCUUCCACAGAUGAAAACUCAACUGGAGGCGAAUAUAGAGCAGUACAAGACAUACGUAGAACAGAAGAAGGCCAUGAACGAAAAGCCCGCUUUUACGGUGGAGAAUAUGCUUAAUGAAUUAACUGAGGCCCUGAACGAUCUGCAAAAUGUUCAAAAGGACUAUGUGAGUAAAGAAAACGACGCCUUUCGAAGCGACUAACAUAUUUGCAUGAUGAGUAUAAUGAUAUUUUAGGGCCACGCGGGAUUACUAUCAACCUGUGGGCUCGCAGUCCAACUGAGUGCUGACAUUUCAUUUUACUCUUGAGCAGCGCUUUUAAGUCUAUGCAGGUGAUUUCACAGUGUUCAUGGUAAUUUGGCCGUAAAUGCUUUCCGAGUCUGAGGUCAAGUUUUUGCGAGCCAACUCCUCAAAUCCAACACCAAAGUUUUUACGCAAAAUAAGAGCUGAGUACAAUCAUAGUCACUGAAAAAACAUAUUCCAAAUCUGAAGUAGCAUCAUAAAACACAGGCGUUGAAGAAAAUACUUCCCAGAUUUAGAGUUCCUGUAGUGGGUCCUACUCCGAACACCUGUCGCAACACUGGGCCUCUCGCGAGUGUAUGUCUGCCGUGCGCACCAGAGCCGACUGGCUUUCG